AUGCAGAAGUGGUAUUAAUAUAUGCAGGAAGCAUGCUGCAUAAUUUCUCUUCAUUUCAUGGGUGUUUAAAAUCACUCCGGUGAUAUGUUGAAUUGUUGAGAAAUGAAAAAUGAUACCUGCUAAAAGAAGCUAUAAUAUUGGAAAACUUAAUCCGGUUUAUGUUUUGUGACCUUAUAAACAUGAAAAACAUUGAACUGAACAAUAAAACUUGGAUAAAUUUUAAAAGCGAAAAUAAAUGAAUGAAAAGGACAGAAACUUUGUGAAUUUAUUGUGGAAGAGUGUUGUUUAUUUAUGAUGUAAAGUGCAACUCAUUGGUUUAAAGGAGUGAUUUUCAUAUAUAACCAAAAAAGUUUGUUAUUUUGGAUAUUGCAUGACAUAAAUAUUACAAUAAUUAAAUCAGGAUGGCUUUAGUUGUGAACAAAAACAGUUGCAGCAAUUUUAACUAAUGAUAAGAUGUGGCUAACUGAUAAUUUUUGUACUAACUUCGUAAUAAGAUAAUUAUAUUGUGUGUCUAACUUUAGUUCUAACGUACCUAAGUCCGAGUGUUGUGCCCGAGUGUGAUGGAUAGGGCAGGCAAUUCUGUGUUAUGGAAGAAAUUACAUGACCCGCAGUCUUUUACACCACGGAAUACAUGGCCACAGAUGCAGAAUCAGUUUCCGUCAAAAUAUGAGCAGCUCCCCGGUAUUGGCGGGGAGACGCCACGUUCGCAUAAUGAUAACCAACUUGUUGCACUAAGAAGUGUCAGGAAAGGUAGUCCUGCGCGGGGUAGAGAUACGACAGACAAUGAUACUGAGGAACGUGUACGGCAGCUUGAAAUGAGACUAGCGGUAUCGGAAAAAUCAAACCGCGCCUUAUUAGAAGAAGUGCUUAGGCUUCAGAAUGACUUACGUAAUACCUCUAAACGAAGUGAAGAUGUUCUACGUGAAGAACGAGAUUCUAGACAACAGUUAUCAGAAGCAAUAAAAAUAAGCAAUGAACUUAUAUCGCAAUUAAGUAUGCGAAUAAAAGAGACAGAAGACAAAAUUGAAGAUGAGAAAGAGUCGUUAAAUGCCUUGUUCAGUCAUACAAAAAAUGUAGAGAAAAGUGUGGUACAUAGUCAACAAGAGAUACAGAACAGAAGAGAUGCUCAGCAGAUGAAACUUCAGGAACUAAGAUCAGAAUUAAAUGAGACAAAAACAUCUCGGAACCAACUAGAGCAGGCCACAUAUGCCCUGUCCGAGGAGCUGAGGUCAUUAAAGAAUCGAAUGGAGAACCAGCAGUCAGAGUUCACUCACAUGAUCACUGAUGUCCGAAACAGAGCUCGGAAACUGGAGGAUGAAAACAGAGUACAUGAGUUGGACUCUAUGCGGAAGCAGUCGGAUUUCCACACAAUGACAGAUGCUACAACGACACAACUUCGAGGACAGGUCGAAACAAGACUUUCCGAAUUAAGAGACGUUCUGAUGGAUCUACGAGGUAAACAUGAAACAGAACAAGCGGAGCGGAGAAACCUGGAGAAAAUGAUGCAAACCAAGAUCAACGAACUAAAUACUGCAAUCAGUGAACAGGUACGGAAAAGAGAAGAAAACAUGCAUACAGUUGAUAUGGUCCUUCGUGAGAAAGAACAUGCCCAACAGGCAGAGCGACUUCAACUGAAUGCUAAAGUAACCGACACGGUGGAGGAUGUCAACAAACGGUUAUUGUCAAAGGAAAUGAAGAUUCGGGAGGACAUACAGACGAAAUAUUUGCAACUUGAGAAGCUUGUACAACGAGAGCAACAUUCCCGACAAGAGUAUGAGAAGGCAGCGAGAGAGGAUGCGGACAGGAAGUGGCAGACACUGAAGAAAGUUCUGGAGGAAGAAUUACAUGUGCUCAAAGAUAAUAUGAAUGGCGAGAAAGGCCGUAACAGAGACACUAUAGCCAAACUUGAUCAAGGAAUCUCCAUUGUUGAAAAGCAACUUGCAGAAAACAAGAAACAAGUAGAUAAAGUCUUGGCUGCAGAAAUUAAGUCAAGGAAAAUUCAUGAGAGUGGGACAAAUGAGAAGCUUGCAAGUGUCAAUGAGAAAUUGCAGAUAGCUACAUCAACUCUACAGCAAGCUAUUGGAGGAGUGUCUCAGAACCUUAAUGUCACCGGUGAUAAGAUUCGCCGAGAUGUCAAGCAGAUAUUGAAUGAGCAACAGCAGGGCAGUACAAGGGCUCUCUCUGACCUGGACGCCAGAAUGAACGCAAUCAGGCAGAAGCUAAAUAGCCUUGAAGAUAUGCUCGAUGCUAAGGUCAACUCGAAGUUUCAGAUUUUGAUGGGUGGCCAUUUAACGAACAGAUCUGACAACAAUAAUACCAACUUGGCAUCACAGUCACUGUCAGAGAGGAUGGCGGAUAGAAUGGAAUCUAUAUCGAAAUGGCAGGAUGCUACCGGAGAUACCCUUAGGGAACUGGGGCGCAGUGUACAGACUAUGCCACAAGAUAUUUAUCAGCUGGAAGAAAAGUUCAAGUUAAUGAAGUCUGAGACAGAUUCCAGAGUCAGUCACGAGUCUGACACCAGGGCAAGAGAAGUUGAGUUGUUAAGACAAGAGUUACAGACGAUGAAGAGCAGGUUGGACAGACAGCCUAAACCUGCUUCUCUGCAAGAACUAGAAGCUAGAAAUCGCUUCCAGGAAGAUCCAAAGAUGAAUGUGAAUGUACGAAAGCUUGCAGACAACCUACAGACAGUGAAAACAGUGCUUGGCAUGAAGAUACAGUCAGAACAAAAACUGCGUUCAGAGGAAGUUGAUCAUCUUCAGCGUCAAAUUGAUGAAAUGAAACGGGCAAUGGAGCCCCUUGUAGGUCGUUCACAUCCUAUGUUUGUGAAAGAUGGGGAUCGUGAUAGACGGGGUAAUUCCCCGGAUGUAAACAACUGGGGAGUGUAUAAUGCAUACAAAUGGUUGAUGUGGAAGUCAAAACUUAUGUUCAAACUUUGGGAAAUUCGUGCAAAGAUAGGCGAAAAGCCUAAUAAACACUCACCAAAUCGAAAGGCUGAUUCUUCGAAACCGAAAACACCUACCGACAGACAAUCAGUUAAUUCUCCAAUUAAUAAGGAAGAAAAUAAAAGCAAUGCUGACAACGAUAGCACACAAGCUAGUCCUACCAGAAAAAAUAACGAUACUCCAGCUAAUGGACAGACAGACAAAAAUAAAGAUUCCCCUGUCAAGUCUAGGAACCCCUCUGUUGCUUCUAACAGAUCUGGAAAUGGUGACCCUAAAAAAGUUUCAUGGUAGUUUCUCUGUAUUAGGAACUCACAGAGACAGGUCAUUUAUCGUAAAGGCAUUAAAACGUUUGAAAAAUUGCUCCUGCUUGAAUUUAUCAUUAUGGACUUUGAAACUUCAGUCCUGCUUGUUUCUUUCCUGUCGGACCACAUGGUUUUGAAUGAUAUUUAUUAUGUAUAUGUCCAUUUGGAUAUUUUUGUAUAUAAAAACUGUAGUUGGUGCUAGGUACAGUUCAUUCAUAAUUUGACCAGAUCUGUUUGAAAUUGUAUUUCCAGUUAGAUAAUGUAAAUGAUAGUACAUGUAUAUCUAUUCCUGACGUUAACUGCUAAAACAUGUUUUAUGUUUAAAAAUUGUAUAUUGACUGUGAUAAAGCUGUUACUGUUGCUUUUUAGGUAAUGAUAAUCUCUCUUGUAUGUAUAAUAGCAUGCAAGGCCUUGAAAAUGUUAAAAGUAAGACGUUUGGACACCGUUAAUUAUCUGCAACGUUUAACUUUAAGCACAAUAUAAAAGUCAUGUCCUGAAACCGUAUAAAUGAAUUCAAAAGUGCUAUUGUCAAGUUUUGAUUUUUACAGAUGUUUUUGAUUAUUUGGUUUUAAAUGUCAUUGUAUAUAUAUAUUAGACUUCUAUGUUUCUUGCCUUUGUUUCCGAUAACAUUGCAGUGUUACGUUAAAUGUCGAACGUCAUGCAGUUUCCUUUGACCACAAGUAGGUAUUAUAAUUCCCCCGGAAAUUUGAGUUUUAUGUAGCAUUUAUUGCUGUGCGAAUUUCAUACCACUUUUGCUACAAAUGUAUUAUUGCAUUAGUCUGUUUUAAGUAUUUCUGGACUGUCGUUUGAAUUUUAAUAUUGAUAAUUACAUUGGCAUAUGCUUCAGUAUUGUGGACUAUUCACUGGUAAAUGAAUAAAAUCUGUAAGGCGUACAAGCGUAUGGAAGCACAGAAUUCAAGCAGACUCGGUUUGAUUGAGUCAGCCCAUCAAACGAAAGUACAUAUUAUAUGUCAUUAGUUGCUGAAACUGUUCCAGUGGAUAGGUAGUCAUGUUGAUAAAAAAUCAAAACAUUUUUAGCUCGACUAUUCGAAGAAUAGGGGAGCUAUCCUACUCGCCCCGGCGUCGGCAUGAGCGUUAGCGUGAGCGUCAUACAAAUGUUAAAAUAUUUUCAAAGUCCAUUGAGAUAUUGCUUUCAUAUUUUGCAUACUUGUUUACCAUUAUGACCCCAGUCUGUAAAAAGGAGGAGGCAACUCUAUCAAGCAUUUUGACUGAAUUAUGGCCCCUUUUCGACUUAAAAAAAUGUUAAAGUUUGCGUACCACCCCAAAUAUUUUCAAAGUCCAUUGAGAUAUUGCUUUCAUAUUUUGCAUACUUGUUUACCAUUAUGACCCCAGUCUGUAAAAAGGAGGAGGCAACUCUAUCAAACAUUUUGACUGAAUUAUGGCCCCUUUUCGAAUUAGAAUAUGCUUAUUGUAAUGUUAAAGUUUUACUCAUUGCUUAUAAUAUACUAUCAAGCACUGAGAAUAUCGAGCGUGCUGUCCACUGACAGCUCUUGUUGAAUGAUGCAUUUAUAAAACUAGUGAACUGUUUAAAGGGAAACUGGAACGUGAUGUAGUCUUCUGGAGUAUUGGACAUCUUUUUUAGAUUUGACUUAUUUGGAAUAUAUGUAUAUUCGAGUCGAGAUUACAUUUACAGAUGUAUAUAAUAGUUAAGUUUCUAUGUCACUAUCUAACAUGCACCGUGUAGCCGGAGCGUGAUUGGAGUUGUAAUUCCUCGGGAGAUUCUUAAAUUCUGACAAAUUAUCUCAUUAAAACAGUUUCUGAAGGGAAAUGUACCGAAAGUUUCUUAUUCGAAUUUCCAUUGGGAAAUUUAUCUACAAAUAUUUUAUAUUGGACAGAAGUUAUUUUGAUACGGUAACCGUGCUUUGAAGAAAUUGAAAGAUACCAGUGAGUUUCAAAUGUGAUAAUAGAACAGUAUACAUUGUAUAGCCUACUAAAUUUUACUGAUAACUACAAUGCAUUUUACUUAUAUGUAUACUUGGACAGAGGUACUUUAUUGGAAAAAGAUGUAUUCUGAAUCUGCAGUUGCAUUUUGUUUCGGUAACUGCAGUUUUAUGGAAUUUGACAUUGGUUAAGGAACAUAAAGAUAACUUUUAAUUAAGAUAUGACAAUGUCAUCAGUUUGACGUAACUGGUGCAAGAGAGUAUGGCCAGCCUCUGAGUUUUUGUCCCUUUUCCAUUCGAAUCCGGUAUGCUGGAAUAAAAAAUUCUGCAGUAUUACUCAUUUUAAGAAAUCUUUCUUUAAUAAUUACAUUCCAUUUAGUUUUUAAGAUACUUUGUUGUCUCUCACUUCUUGUACCUAUUUAUUUUCAUCGUAUUAAUGCGUGAUGAUAUUCGAAAUAACAUUUUGCGUAUAGAUGGUUGGAAAAUGUGGUGAAUGGAUAGAACUGCGCACGUUUAAUAAAAGUAUUGUAGACUAUUGUUACAUUUUGGACACCAUCACGUCUUGUAGAUAAAACCUUAUUAUCAGGUUGCAAUCUUUUUAAUGUAGCAGUAAUUUAUGCUGUACCAAAUGUAUGCUGUUCAAAAUAUGCUAUAAACAUGGCUUAUUGAGUGCUAGUGUAAUCAAAGCGGGAAGUUAUAAUUGUGGGCAGAUGAGAGAAUGGGGACCACCUACCGUUAUAUCAUAUCAGCACUAAUAUUGUGAUACUUGGAAUAUAUUAAAGAAUAUAGUUGACGAGAUAUAAUACAUAGUAUUUAUCCAUUUAAUAUUUAUAAUUUAUUUCAUAAAACAUAUUUCAAUUAAUUUUAGUUAUUUUUGUUAAUUUAUUCUUCUUUAUUACUGGAUAUUGAAUAAAGAAAUAAAACGAGAA